GCGCAGGAGGCCACAUCCGGGUCCGACGGCGUGAUGACGUCAGUGGGAGAGGGUAGCAGCUCUGUUUGUUGUACAUCCGGGUCCUGACGCUGGCCGUUGGUGGGGUUGUUUACGCGCUGGAGGCCGGGGGGAGCGCAGCACCACGUUUUAUACAGAAAUCUCGUUUAGCGGCGGGUUAGAUUCGCAUUCCGGUGAGUAAGUAAAGCUGGAGGAUGCACAGCAGGCUGAUAAACGGCGGGGAGAGCCGCGCUGUCACUGACUGAACACUUUACCUCAGCGCUCCUGUCCGCCUCCGAGCUCAGCUCUUCACCUCACCGCUGUCUCCACACUUCCCUCAUUUAGUACUGACGACUUUCACACCUUCCUAGAUUUACGGUGUGUGUGAGCCGUGAGUGAUGGGUGCGUUCCUGGACAAGCCGAAGAUGGAGAAGCAGAACAUUCACGGCGAGGGCAACGGGCUGCGCUACGGUGUGAGCAGCAUGCAGGGUUGGCGUGUGGAGAUGGAGGACGCUCACACGGCCGUCAUCGGCCUCCCGCACGGUCUCCAGCCCUGGUCCUUCUUCGCCGUGUACGACGGACACGCCGGUUCUCAGGUCGCCCGAUACUGCUGUGAACACCUGCUAGAGCACAUCACCAGCAACCGUGACUUCCAGGGGGGCAGUGGAGGGGAGGAGGAGCCUAAUGUGGAGCGCGUCAAAUCAGGGAUCAGGACCGGCUUCCUGCAGAUUGAUGAGCACAUGCGGGAGAUGUCGGAGCGAAACCGGAGCGGCUCGACAGCGGUGGGUGCCAUGAUCUCGCCACGUCGCAUCUUCCUAAUUAACUGCGGCGACUCUCGGGGGCUGCUGAGCCGCGCUGGCGCCGUGCACUUCUCCACACAGGACCACAAACCCAGCAACCCGCUGGAAAAACAGCGCAUCCAGAACGCAGGGGGAUCCGUCAUGAUCCAGCGCGUCAACGGCUCUCUCGCCGUGUCUCGAGCUCUCGGCGAUUUCGACUACAAGUGCGUGAGUGGUAAAGGACCCACGGAGCAGCUUGUUUCUCCCGAGCCUGAGGUUUAUGCCAUUGAGCGCUGUGAAGCUGAGGACGAAUUCAUCGUUCUGGCCUGCGACGGCAUCUGGGACGUGAUGGCCAAUGAGGAGCUGUGUGACUUCGUACGCUCGAGACUGCAGGUCACAGAUGACCUGGAGAGAGUGUGUAACGAGAUCGUCGAUACCUGUCUGUACAAGGGAAGCAGAGACAACAUGAGUGUGGUGUUGGUGUGCUUUAGCGGGGCGCCGAAGGUUUCUCCCGAGGCCGUGAAGAGAGAAGCAGAACUCGACAAAUACCUGGAGAACCGAGUAGAGGAGAUCCUGAAGAAGCAGAAUGACGACGGAGUGCCAGAUCUUCUGCAGGUGAUGCGAGCGCUGGCGUCAGAGAGCAUCCCAAACUUACCGCCUGGCGGAGAGCUGGCCAGCAAGCGGAGCGUUAUUGAAGCAGUAUAUAACAAACUCAACCCCUACAGGAAUGAGGACACAGACUCUGCGUCCGCUGAUGACGUGUGGUAGCGUUUAACAACAUACACAUCUUCCCCACGACUGCUCCAGCUCCACACACACACACACACAUGCACACACACACACACACACACACACACACACACAGCAGAAACAACGGGACGCCACCCGAAGAGGAGGGACGAGGGAAUCAUCCCUUUACGCUCAUCUACACUCACAACGGGACGUUUUAUUCCUUUAUUUUUUUUCAUAUCUGUCUUUUUUUUUUUGGGCUGUAAUUAAUUUUGAUUCACAUCAUCGUGUGUAUUUGUAUAUUUGUUUUUGAAGUGCAAUUGUGUAAAAAAAAAAAAGUCUGUAUCAAAUGCAGCUUGUUAUUAAAUGUUAAAAAAAAACAAAAACUAAAUCUUAUAAAAUAUUAAAAAUGAAAGAAAAAAAAAAGAGAAAACCUUUAUGCACUAUCGGCCUUGCCAUAGGAAUCGUUAACUCUCAGUAAGAUCCCUGCAGCUCAGACGCUUUUUGUUUUGAUACGUUUCCGUUAGAUGUGUGCCAAGGCUGCGGUUUUAUAUCGCAACAAAUUGGGGGAAUUACAGGAUAAAAAUAAAAACCAACAACCUGAUCAGGAAGCUGAGGUUCCGAGCCCUCUGAUUGGUCGUUGUGUUAGUGGGAUUUCCAAUCAGGGGUUGCCUGCUAGCUGCCAUGGCAGCGUAACACCACACCACAGUGAGGUACAAGACGUACGCAGAAACCAGGCACUUCACUUUCGUGUUCCUUCAAAAUAAAUAAUCUGGCCGUGUGCCUGUUUCUGGGGCCGCUAACGUACUGUGUGCUGAAACUAAUCACCCGGAUAAUGCUUCACGCCCGACACCAUGUGCGCUGUGCGCCGUCGUUCUGCUUCAGGUGUGUGUGUGUUGCAGGAGCUCUAAUAGAGUUCAGACUCUGUAGAGUUCUUGACUGUUCCUCAAGUUCAUGUACAGGUAGCCCCCGAUUUAUGAUGGUUCCACUUAUGAUUUUUUGAUCUUACGAUGAAGAUUGUAAAAAAUAUACAAACGUUUGUGCGCCAUUUUAAUUUUUGAUGAUACGUCGAGACGCUGCCAGUAUGUACGCAACUCCCGUCUUGUGAGAUGCCUUUCUCUCGCCAGCCGGUCAACGGGGUUCAGUUGUCUCGUUGUUGGAGCAUUUGUGUUUUAGGUGUUUCAAAACCCAAGUUGAACUCUUGUCUCCCUCCCUUUUAUCCCUGAAGCAGUUUGAGUCCGACUGCAACCUUCGCUCGUGCACAUGGCCGCUGCCACAUAUAUACAGUAAUCCCCAGCUUUACCGCGGUUCGAAUCUCGCGCCUCCGGUUUAUGCAUUUGCCACAUAACUAAUUAGUUUGGCUGAUUUUCCCGGACUCUUGCAGACAUCACGAUAGACAAAAGGGGAUUGUUUUUUUAUGGAUUUUAAUGUUGAAAUAAUGACGUUUAUUUAUUAAUAAAAAAUAUAAUUAGUAAUUAUAAAAUGAAGUACAAUGUUAAUACAGUACAGUACUGUAUACAUAAAAUAGCGUUUUUGGAUUGGCGUCUGUUUAUUGUGGGCAGUUUUGGAACGUAACCAAAUCGAUAAAUGGGGAUUACUGUGUGUGUGUGUGUGUGUGUGUGUGUGUGUGUGUGUGUGUGUGUGUGUGUGUGUGUAUACAUACUGCAAAGUUCAUUUAUGGUAGUGUAAAUUGCUCUGUUUUGUUAAAUUGGCUCCUGUAAUUUGUUACAUUAUUAAUAAAUGACAGUAUACUACCCCACAGUGAUCACCAUUCUUUAAGACUCCUGGGUAGGCUGGACCAUGUCUCCACUUACCAUAUUAUCUCCAUCAUAACUUGGGGACUACCUGUAUAAAGUUAGAAAAACGUUCUAAAGCCAUGUUUUUCUUCUUUACGUCACAAUCGUAGUGUCUCUCACGCCAUGUUCCAGGUUGGACAUGACAGGUGAUAAAAUGACUCCGUAUCGACAACGGAAGUUUCAACUCGCUCGCUCUGAAAUGCUUUUUUUUCCCUCUUUUUUUAGGCGGUAAGACCUCAGUUCCUACUCGUCUCUACUUUGUGUUCUGAUCAGAUGAUCCUCAGGUGGCUUCGUUUUAUUUUUUUAUAUAGAUUUUCUGGAGCGGACUCGCCUCCUAUCCCAGUGCGUUCCUCUUCUCGUUCUCCAUAACAGCCACGUCGUGUGUUCUGAAUAUCGCAGUGUAGCGUCUAACCGCACUCGGCACACGCCUGACUCCAUUUUUUUCCUGCUCCUUUGAUGAAACGGGUAAACCAUAACGGGAUUACAGCACAGAGUUUCUUUCCUUUUGUAUUGUUUGCUUGUUAAGGUUUAUUUAAUGGCACAUAGGACACAUUGCUUUAGAGAGAGAAAGUGUGUGUGUGUGUGUGUGUGUGUGUGUGUGUGUGUGUGUGUGUGUGUGUGUGUGUGUGUGUGUUUUACAGUCCAGAUUUAAUGUUUUUCUUUUUAAAUGUUUGUUACUUUUUAGAUGGGAUAAAUAAUCAAAACUCUUCCUUACAACCAAGCUAAGCUCAAGAAAGUGUGAGCGAGUGUGUGAGCGACUGUGUGAGUGAGUGAGUGUAAGAGCGAGUGAGUGAAUCAGUGUGUGUGUGUGCACAAUGUUGAAAUUUCCUACAGAUCCACAAAACACUGUAUCAUUGUAUUUUUUUUUAAAGAUUUUUUUUUAUUAUUAUUAUAAUUGAUUGUGUAAUUUUCCUGGCUUUGUUCCAAUCUGGUGUUUUAUUCCUCCCAAGUGUGCCCUUGUUUUCUUCUCCUGAGGUGUGUAACACUCACAGCACAGUGGGUGUGAGUCCGAGCCCUUAUUACUGUGUAAUAAAGCUGUAAUUACAAGAUAAUAACCCAACGAGUCAAUGAGAUGGACUAAACACAAUAUACGUGGACAUGGGUGUAACUUAGCCACGCUCCCACAAUCAUAAUGACGAACUUCAGGCACACACACACACACACACACACACACACACACACACACACACACACGAGCACAAACGUGUAAGAAAUCGGUCAUAUUUUAUUAUUAUUUUGCAUUAAGGCUCCUUUAACCGAAUGGUGUUAAUUAAUUAACAUAAAUAUAUAAACUAAUUAGAACACGUAAAAAAUUAAUGUUAACGAGGUUAUAAAGCCUUAACGUAAAGUGUUACUGCAUUUGAUAUUUAGUUUAUAUAUUUGUUUUUUGGUGUUUUGCAUUUUCUUUUCUACAUUGCAUUUUUUUUUAAUUCAUUGAGAUUACAAUGUUUUUUGGUUCAUUUGUUUAGUAGUUUAUUUACUUUGAUUACUUGUUGGUUUGUUGGUUGGAGUUAGUUUUUAUAUAUGACUGUAAACUGAUUGGUUUUGUUUUGUUUUUUUUCCCUAAAAUAAAAAAACAAGGAAAACUCAUAUUUCAUCAGAGCAUUCUGGGUAAAUUAUGCUCACAGAGUCGUAACUGAAUUAAGCGCUGAUUUAAAAAAAAACAAAAUAAAUAAAUCAUACAAGA